AUGGGCCUCGCAUACAACGUAUACCUCAACUCCAACAAGAUCUUCGGUUGCAAGCAUUGCAAAACCCAUCUUGCCGACUACAACGACAUCGUGAGCCGGGAUUUCCGAGGUCAACAUGGCAAGGCAUUUCUGUUUAAUACUGUCGUCAACAUCACACAAUCCGAAGCCGUGGAGCGGAGCAUGACAACCGGAAGACAUGUGGUUCGCGAUAUCGCGUGCCGACAAUGCAAGGAGACAGUAGGAUGGAAGUACGACAAGGCAUACGAGUCUGGGCAGAAAUAUAAGGAGGGGAAGUUUAUUCUGGAAGAGGAGCUUCUCUGCGUGGUGUGUUGA